UUUAUUUUAAAAAUAAUUGUUCUGCGAGCAGAACAAAGAAGUUUUUCGUAAAAACAUUUGAUAUCACCGAAAUUAUUUUUCAAAAUUGCAUGAGUAGCAGAUAAAUAAUAAAUCAAAAUGAUUGCACGAUUGAUGAGUGUCAUAUACUGCUCUGCUGUGUUGAGUGGUAGUAUUAGUCGGACUUCAGGGCUCCAAGAGCAUACUGACCUGCUUGAAAGCAAAAUAAACCAAACAAAUAAAAGUAAACAGUUCGAUUAUAUGUGGUUGCAAGAUGCUCCCCCAACUCGUGGCUUAUUGUACCCUAGAGAAUCCGAGUCACGCGAAGUAAGAACACUUGAUGGCGUUUGGAGAUUCUUACAAUCUGAUGUUAAUGAUCCUAUGCAAGGAGUACGAGACAAUUGGUACAAAGCCGAUUUGGAUAAGGUAAAACCAACACGGCCAAUGCCAGUGCCCUCGAGCUAUAAUGAUAUUAGUGCAGAGGAUAAAUUGCGUGAUCAUAUCGGAACUGUGUGGUAUGAAAAGAAAUUUUUUGUACCACACUCUUGGAACAUGGACCAACGGAUUUGGUUACGAUUUGGGAGCGUUCAUUAUGCUGCAGUUGUAUGGAUUAAUGGGCAAAAGGUAAUGUCGCAUACCAUUGGUCACUUGCCAUUCGAAUCUGAAAUAACAGACCAGGUAAAGUUUGGCGCAGAAAACCGGCUCACACUUAUGUGUGACAAUACACUGGUAAACUCGACGAUUCCUCAAGGAACGGUGGCUGAAGAAGAAAGUGAUGAAGGAAAGGUUAUGGUCCAACGAUACACAUUCGAUUUCUUUAACUAUGCUGGUAUACACCGCACUGUUCAUCUUUAUACAACACCUGUUGUUUAUAUUGAAGAUAUUAAAGUGUUAACUGAUCUUACGGAAAAUCAUGUUGGUCUUGUUAAUUAUGAAGUAAAUGUGAAUGGUAAUGAAAAAACGACUGUGUAUUACGAUCCACCAAUUGAACCUUUAUAUGUUCAUGUGCAAUUACGCAACAAAGAAGGAGAAAUUGUGGCGCAUAGUAUUUCCAAAACUAUAUUAAAUGGUACUAUUGUGGUGAAGGACGUUAUGCCCUGGUGGCCGUAUUUGAUGAAUCCGGAACCUGGUUAUUUGUACACCAUGGAAGUGUAUUUGCAUGCAGUUGAUGAAUCUCUACUUGAUGUGUAUCGCAUGAAAGUAGGCAUUCGUACACUAAAGUGGAAUAAUUCUACCCUUCUCAUCAAUGAUGCUCCACUCUAUUUGCGUGGCUUUGGAAAACAUGAAGAUUCAGAUAUACGGGGAAAAGGGUUUGACUACGCUUUGCUAACACGUGAUUUCAAUCUUUUGAAAUGGAUUGGUGCGAAUGCUUAUCGUACUUCCCAUUAUCCCUAUUCGGAAGAAUCUAUGCAGUUCGCCGACGAGUUUGGUAUCAUGAUCAUAGAUGAAUGUCCGGGCGUAAAUGCAGACAUAUUUGAACCUUUGCUCCUUCGAAAUCAUAAAUCUUCAUUAGAGCAGUUAAUACACCGGGAUCGCAACCACGCAAGUGUUAUAAUGUGGUCCAUAGCUAACGAGCCUCGUUCAUCCCAUCCUCAGGCAGAUAAAUAUUUCAAAUUUCUGGCGAAUUAUACUAAAUUCUUGGAUCCCACAAGACCAAUAACGGCAGCAUUAAAUGUCGAGGCAAAAAAGGAUAAAUUGGCACAAUAUCUGGAUAUCAUAAGCUUCAAUAGAUAUAAUGCCUGGUACCAAAAUGCCGGCCAACUUGACAUGAUAACCAAACACGUAGAGGAAGAGGCAGCCUUAUGGCAUGAAACGCACAACAAAACAGUUAUAAUGACGGAAUAUGGUGCGGAUACUUAUGAAGGAUUACAUUUCCUUCCAGCAUAUAUUUGGUCGGAAGACUAUCAGCGAUAUCUACUUAGCAAACACUUCAAAGCUUUUGAUAGCCUUAGGUCGCAGAAAUGGUUCAUUGGAGAAUUUUUAUGGAAUUUCGCAGAUUUCAAAACAGCUCAAAGUUUUACGCGUGUUGGUGGUAAUAAAAAAGGAGUAUUCACUCGCCAGCGUCAACCCAAAUCUGCUGCGUACUUACUUCGUCAACGUUACUUCAGUUUAGCCCUUGAAUUAGACCAAUGCGAAGUACCAAAGGACGUAUUCAAUUAUAUUAUACAUUGGCAAGAAAAACCACCUUUCGUAAGAGAUUACGAUGACUUAUAAUAAAGUGCAGAUUUAAUUAUAUAUAGUAAAGUAAACAAACGAAUACAUCUGUAAAUAAUUAA